AUGGCGUCGAAACCUUCUUCCAACAAAAUCGAACUUUACACAGGCAAGUACUACGGUCUAUGUGCACUAGGAGGCAUUCUCGCCUGUGGUACAACACACACUGGAAUUACGCCGCUGGACUUGGUAAAAUGCCGUAAGCAAGUGAAUCCCAAGAUCUAUGCAAGCAACAUGCAGGGUUUCCGCAGCAUUUUGCGUGCGGAAGGAAUCCGUGGACUGUACACAGGAGGUAUUCCUACGUUCAUCGGCUAUUCUCUACAAGGAUGCGGCAAGUACGGUUUCUAUGAGAUCUUCAAGCACGGCUAUUCCAAGAUGCUUGGUGAGGAAAAGGCCCACAAUUACCGUACAGCUGUGUAUGCUGGUGCUUCUGCCUCUGCAGAGUUCCUGGCCGAUAUCUUCUUGUGUCCUAUGGAGGCCAUUAAGGCCUGGUCGAAGAUCGUUAAAAAUGAGGGCUUUGGUACACUGUACCGAGGAUUGACACCUUUGUGGUUCCGUCAAAUUCCCUACACUAUGAUGAAGUUUGUCUCUUUCGAGCGAAUUGUUGAGGGUCUGUAUACCUGGUUUGGAAAGCCUAAGAAUACAUACACUAAGGCUCAAAAGAUUGGUAUCUCGUUUGCUGGUGGAUACAUGGCCGGUGUUUUGUGUGCUAUCGUCAGUCAUCCUGCUGAUGUUAUGGUUUCCAAGCUGAAUUCAAGCAAGCUUCCUGGUGAGGGAGCCGCUGCUGCUGCUGCUCGUAUUUACAGAAACAUUGGUUUUGCUGGCUUGUGGAAUGGCCUUGGUGUGCGUAUUCUGAUGAUUGGUACCCUUACUGGCGCGCAAUGGCUUAUUUAUGACUCCUUUAAGAUUGCCUGCGGCUUCCCUGCUACUGGUGCUUAA